AUGGCUACCCCCGCCGCUCUGCCGCCGUUGCCUUUCAACCCUUCCCGGGUCCGAACCUACGUCCUCCGACUGCCUCUGUUCACGCGCCUGGUUCUGCUCGCGAUCAUCAUCUUUUGGCUUCUUGAGCUUCAGACGGUUUGGAGCGUCGUGCAAUGGGGAUCCAUAAUACCGGAGGAGGCUGGAUUCGGCACCAUGUACCGACUCAACACGUAUCCUUUUAUCCAUUUGGGGUUCUUCCACGCCUUCCUGAAUGUGUUGGCCCUCACGCCGUUGUUAGAGCGCUUUGAGGCGGAGCAUGGCACGUUGACUGCCGUUGCGCUGUUUAUUGGACCGGGUGCUUACAUCUUGAUUGAGAAGUUUGUCCUGCAUAGAAAUACUGCUGUCACGGGUGCAAGUAUCUGGGUGUUCCUUCUUCUGGGCUCCGAAGCCAUCAGGACGUUCAAGUCCAACCCCUACUUUAGUCUGGGACCUUAUAAGAUCCCUACGUGGACCUCGCCCCUGUUUGCGUGCGCUCUCGUCUCGAUCCUUGUGCCCAACACAAGCUUCCUGGGACAUCUGUGUGCGAUCCUUGUUGGAUAUCUGCUCGGCCUUGGGGCUCUCAAGUUCUUCGUUCCCCCGGAGAAGAUCCUGCGGUGGAUCGAAGGAAAGCUGAACCUGCUCGGAAGACUGCCACACUACGUGUCUGUGGACCAGAAGACGUACGGUCGCUACGGCGUCCUGCCGACGACCACCACCGGGGGCGAGAGAGGAACCCCGAUGAGCUUCCUCGGCACGUCGCAACGUCUCGUAAAUGUUGUGGGUGUUGCUGCUGCUGCUGCUGUCUCUCGGCCCGUCCAACCAACCAUCCCCCCCCAUCACCAACCAAACCACCAUGGGACAACCUCCCCGAAUGCCCCAGAUCCCAUGGCCCUGAAAUCCGCCGUCCGCAAGCUGCGGAGCAACCCUCACUUCCUCUUCGUGCACCUCCCGCACAUCCUCUCUUUCAUCUGCAUCGUCGCCGGCGUCGUCUGGCUGCUCCUCCUCCCCCUCAACGACUACUCCCGCCAAACCUACAUCUCCGAGAACGCGCUCCUCCCCGGCCAAGUCCACGCCUAUUUCUCUGGUAGCGAACAACAUGUCUUUCGCGGUUAUAAGAAGGAGCUUGAGGGGAUUCUAGUCGGUCAGACUGAGGAGGGGAGGGAAGGGAGGAAUGAUGAGUUUACGCCGGCGGUGUCUGGAAAGAUUCAAUCGGUUCUGAAAGCCGCGGGGCUGAAGGUCGCUACGCAGAAUUACGAGUACACGUCUUCGGGCCUCACGCACCAGGGGCAGAAUGUCUAUGCGAUUAUUCAGGCGCCGAGAGGCGAUGCCACCGAGGCGAUUGUGUUGGUGGCGGCGUGGAAGACCGUGGAUGAUGAGUUGAAUUUGAAUGGUGUCAGUCUUGCGCUGACUCUGGCGAGAUAUUUUAAGAGGUGGUCGCUGUGGUCGAAGGAUAUCAUCUUCUUGUUUCCGCCGGACAGUAAGGCUGGCACGCAGGCGUGGGUUGAUGCGUAUCAUGAUAUGCAGCCGGCGUUUGUGCAGCCUUUGCCGUUGAAGAGUGGUGCGUUGCAGGGAGGGCUGGUGAUCGAAUACCCCUUCGACCAUCGGUUCGAGUCCCUGCAUAUCCUCUACGACGGGGUGAAUGGCCAACUGCCCAAUCUGGAUCUGUUCAACACCGCCGUGUCGAUUGCCAGCGGCCAGAUGGGUAUCGGGGCUAAUCUGCAGGAGAUGUGGGAUCACAACGACAGCUACGAAAUGCGGUUGCAGACGAUGAUGAGGGGGAUGGUCAAGCAGGGGUUCGGAUACGCAACGGGCCCGCAUAGCAGCUUCAUGCCGUACCACAUCGACGCCAUCACUCUCCAGCCGAAAGGCGAUGGCUGGCAGGAUGAGAUGGCCCUGGGCCGCACCGUCGAGAGUCUUUGCCGCAGUUUGAAUAAUCUCCUGGAGCAUCUGCAUCAGAGUUUCUUCUUCUAUCUCCUCAUGCAGACCAACCGCUUCGUCAGCAUCGGCACGUACCUCCCCAGCGCCAUGCUCAUCGCUGGGAACUUCACCAUCAUGGCCAUUGCCCUGUGGCUCCGCACAGGCUACUACCCCUACUCCCAGCAGAGCCCUGUCGGUUCUCCAGUCGAAAAGCCCACAAAAGAGGAACAAGCUGCAGACCCCCCCAAGACCAGCAACGACACCCCCAAACCCGACACGAAGAACAUCCGGGAGCGCCAACUCGCCCUCCCUCUCACCCUCGUCGUCGGUCUCCAUCUCCUCGGUCUCCUGCCCCUCUACAUCUUCAACCACAUCCCCCACACAUACUACAACCCAGCAACCUACACCACCAUCCUUGCCAACGCAGUCCUCCCCCUUCUCCUCUCCUCCUCCCUCACCCUAACCCACGGCCUCUCAACCCAACAAUCCCACCUCAUCAAAUCCUUCUCCCUCCUCACCCUUGGCCUCUUCCUCUCCGCCCUCGCCACCCUCAACUUCUCCCUCUCCUUCAUGAUCGGUCUCCUCUGCGCCCCGCUCAGCUUCGUCAACCGCAUCAACCCGCACUCCGUCUCCGCACCCCUCCGACACGUCCUCGCCGUGCUAGCCCUCGUGCUGCUGAACCUCCUCUCCCCGCCUGUUGUCCUUGUCGUCGCGUGCGCGUACUUCGGUGUCGACGUCGAGUCGGUUCUCACGCAGGCGGCCUUCGGGUGGGACGUUUGGGGCGUCUGGACCCAGGUCGUUGUUUGUACUUAG